UCCGUACACUUACCGCUGUUCCACCGGAGACAGCUACAUCUUACCAUCUGAUCAAAAUGCUAGUCGAGGCGGUCUUCGAAGAAUUACCAGGCCUGCUGGACGAGCUUAAGGAAAGAUUACCUUAUUCUGUUGCUGUGAUGAAUAUGAUACGUUUGAUACUCUUGGGACGGAUAAAGGCCUUUAAAGUGUUAAUUCCUCAAGAGGACACUAGGGGCACUCUUGUCGUUUUAUGGCCAGAUUCGCAACAGAAGGAGAGAGAUCAGUUUCCAGUUUCUAUUUUUGCCACUCCUGAAGCUUCUCAUCAACUAGAAGACUAUCUUCUACACAGCACUUUGGUGGACUGGAGCAGAAACGUUUCAUUCUUUGACUUGUUGCCAUGGGUACUACCACCCACAAUCAGAGUUGCUCAGAAGAAGGGAAAGGUUGAAGAACUAAAUUCCUACUGUAGAUGGAUUUUAAAAGAUUUGAGUCCUAUUGACUUAGAAAUUGAAUUACCAGUUGAGGUGUAUCUUGCCCCUCUAGAGCUCCAUCACGUCACAGAAAUUUACAAAACUUGGGGCUUCCACUGGGCUUACAGCUACGAGAACAUGAUGGAACAAGUAGAAUGUCUUCCGUCAUCUGGGAUCUUCCUCCGUCAGACCAACGAACUAGUCUCCUGGCAGACGACUUGUAUCAAUGGUUAUAAUGGAUGCGGAUACACUCUUUCAGAACACAGAAUGAAGGGCUAUAGUCGUUUAGCCCUUACCUUCUUGACCAAAGAGUGCCUGUGUCUAGGUAUGGUCCCAUGCACUACCAUAAGACGGUGCAAUCCAGCUUCAGAAAACCUAUAUGCUACAAAUGGUUUUCAACCAGUGUAUGACAUUUUUGUAUUUCACCUUGUCUGCAAUGAUCAUAUGAGAAAAGAAUAGUGAGCCAAUUAAAUAAAUCUUGCAUUUUAAAAUUC